ACUCUCAUCGCCUAUUGGCCAAGAGUGCUGAUGGGCAGCCUGGAGAGCCAAUCGGCGCGGCCUGUGCGGUCCUGCCUCCGGAAGCCUCUGCAGUGCCGGCAGCGGGGCCGCGGCAGCGCCAUGGCGGGCGGCGGGGAGCGGGUCCGCGCUCUGCUCCGCGCUGCCAACGCCCUCCUGCAGCAGCGCCGGUACCGCGCCGCGCUCGCAGCCAUCAAAGGCUUCCGCAACGGGGCCGUCUAUGGAGCAAAAGUUCGUGCCCCACAUGCCCUGGUGAUGACUUUUCUGUUCAAGAGUGGAAGUUUAAGGGAGAAGCUGAGAUCAAUUUUCCAGGCCACGUACACUCACUCCCGGAACUUAGCCUAUUUUGUGUUCACCUACAAGGGGCUGAUGGCCCUGCAGUCCCAGCUACAGGGGAAAAAAAUUCCAUUUCAUUCUUUCUUUGCAGCCUGCAUUGGGGGCUGGCUGGUGUUUGGUGAGAACAACCCCAUCAACAGCCAGAUCAUCAUGUACCUGCUCUCCCGGAUCCUCUUCGGGCUGUCCCGGCUGGCGGUGCAGAAGGGAUACAUCCCCCAGCCAAAGCAGGAUCCCUUCCCCCUCGUUGCUGCUCUGAUCUGGGGCACAGUUCUCUGGCUCUUUGAGUGCCACAGGCACACUCUGCAGCCUUCUCUGCAGUCCUCCAUGACCUACCUGUACGAUGACAGUGAUGUCUGGCACGACAUGUCUGACUUCCUCAUUUACAACAAAAGGACAGACAGCAAGUAGGUGCUUCCUUGUAAAACACCCUUAAUUGGGAUGGUGCCUUCCAGCAGCUAAGGGAAAAGGUUACUCUGUUGCUCUUGACUGGUGAUUUUGCUUUUAAAUUAACAUCUGUCAAGCACUGUUGCUUCUUGUGUCCUGGCCAGAAUGGUCUGGUGAGUCUUUUGGCUCUGUUCAGAGCAAGUGAAUACCUCAUGGGGACGUAGUGCUGUCCUCGGUGAGAAUAAAAUACCAUAGGAAUCUUCAGUUAAAAUAAGUCCUUCUUAAAAGAGGCCUUAAUUUCCCUACAAGCAUAUGCUUUAAAUUUUUUAAAGAAACUAAAUAUACUUACAAAAUGACAGCCUGACAGCAAGUGGGGAGUAUGUGUAAUAAUGGAGAAAAAAGAAAAAAAUAAAAGUUCUAGGGACUGUCUGAAUUCUUGGAAGCCAGAAACAUUUUUCUGUGCUCACUGUGGUGUGAUGGGAGUGGGGGCCUGCUCAGGUCUGAAGGCAGGACAUACCUUCUUGGUUUCUGUGGGUGACUGGAAGUCUUGUUUAAGCUACUACAAGUUGUGUGCUUCUUGAGUUUCUCUGCAGUUUUCCCUCAGGGAGACAAAAACUGUUAAAUUCGACUGGUACAAGCCUGGUAAAUGAGGCUCAGGAGGACUGGUUUUGCUUUCAUGUGCUUGGUCUGAAUCUACCCCUUUGCAGAGUACUAAUGAAUCCCCUGUGAUUAUUUUAAACUUACUUGUAAUGGUUUUCAAAGCUGCUUGAACUAAAUACCAACACUACUUAUUCAACUUAGGCUGCUUUGAAGCCAGGCUGAGGUGCAGGGCACACCCUGAGAUACCAUGUGCUUUACACGUAGGAGCAAGCAAGGCUUUUAGCAAGCACUUUUAUUUUGGUGGAAGAUAAACACCUGGGUUUUUCCAGGCCCAGAAUCUGCCCUCCACAGCAGUGGCAUGUGGUAGCUGUGAUCAAAUGUGAGUGUGCCUCUGGUUCGAGCAGACUUGUUGCUGAGCCAGGGUGAGCCCACAGAGGAAUUUACAAGUGAAUCUUCCUCUUCAAGCUACACUGCUGAGCACCAGGAGCUGUGCUGCACACAGUGGGCUGUAACAUCAGAUUGACCAGAUAGCUGAGAAAGAGAAAAAAAAAAAACGAAAACAACAACAAAAAAACAAAAACCAAAAAACCAAAAACCCCACCCUGCUUUUAAACUAAUAAUAUCAAACUGGGGGGGUUGGACUAGACGAUCUUUCGAGGUCCCUUCCAACCCCAAGGAUUCUAUGAAACUGGUAGUGGUACAGAGCACCGACACUGCCAUGUACAUUCACUACACUACAAUGUUCACAUGUACAUUCAAAUAGUUCUUGACAAACUGGUUUUAUGUGGUGGUAUGGUAAGAGUCAUUAAGCACCCUGUGCUAACCCUUCCCUUUUGUCUGACUCAGGACUGGUUUAUUUGUACCUCUUCUAUCUCUCAUUUUAAAAAGCUGAGCUCUCCCUGUACCCAUCUGCUUUUCCAUCCUGACCUUGUCGUUUCAUAAUCUUGCUGAUGCUGUUCUGUGUCAUCUUUUGCAGCAUCUUUACACUGCAGGAUCUAGUAGUUUGUCAUAUUUAGUGGUACAACUGAAACAGUGCAUCUAAGUACAUGCAGCUUCUCAGUUAGAAAAAAACCUCUCAGAUUUCUUCUCAAGUAAUUUUUCCUUGUCCCUCUAAGCUUUUUUAUUUCUGUUAUGCAUCUUCUGAGUGUUUCUUUGCUCUUCAUUUUUCCAGUCUGUGUCAGUAAGAGAGAAAGUGAAGUGUUCCCCUCCCCACGGAGAGGGUUCUCUGUCUGUUUCUGGGAUGUUUGAGACUGAGGAAUGUUUGGGGUGUCUUGUGUCAGGUAGGAACAGUCUGCUGGCUCUUGGACUGAAUCUAAUGCUGAGUCCAACUCCAUGCACUGUGCGAUCUUGCUGCAUAGAGGCCAAAGUUUCUUUGGGCCCAUCCCAUGGAAACCAUGAUGUGCUCAUCUGUGGUGCCCAAAACACAAAAUACUGCUUUGCUCUGGUAGCUGUCCACAGCACUGGAACUGCUGUUGUGGUCUGUGCUGGAUUCUUGAAUUUGAACACACCAGUCCAUAUUUAAUCAGAUAGACCCCAGGAAAGCAAUGGAAGUUAGGAAUGGGGUUUGUUUCUUACUAGUUAAAUAUUUUGUUUGAUGAAGAUAAGCCUAAAGAUUCAAGUUGGGAAAAAAAUAUUGAAGCUAUAGGUGAGGUCUGAUUUCUUUAUAAACAUUUUGUUUGCACUACUGCUGGUUACCUGACAUGGUGCAAGUGCACACACUAUGUCCAAAGCCUCAAUGUUUUCCUAAAAAAAAGAAUGUUAAUAUUCUGCAAAUAUUGCUGAAUUCCUCCAAGGAUUUCAGAAAACCCCUCUAGAACCUGACAGACAUGGACUGAGAAUUUCUCCCUAGAGCUAUUAGUCUUGUAAAUCCUUGACCAUGUAUAAUUAUCUUAGGAAAAGAUCACUGAGUCACAGAAUUGUAAGAAGACCUCUUAAGAUCACUGUGUCCAGCUGUCAACAUUCCCCCUGAAUAAAAUAUCAGUAUUUGUAUCACCCACUGGAGCAUGUCCUGAAGUGCCUCAUCUACGGUCUUUAAAUACUCCCAGGGAUGGUGACUCCAUCACCUCCCUGGGCAGCCCAUUCCAAUGCCUGACUACUCUCUCGGUAAAGAAAUUCCUCCCCAGAUCUGGUCUAACCCUCCCCUGGUGCAACUUCAGGCCAUGUCUUCCAGUCCUGUGAUUGUUCACUGGUGCAGGCUGUGUGAGCUGUGUGUAUUUAAGAAGUUUUUAACUUUUUCAAGCUCCAGCUGGCAUUCCUUUCUCUGAUAAAGGCUUGUGAUUCCCUUAGAUGUUUAAGGGAACAUGCUGCAGCCAUGUGGCUGCUUCUGAAGUGCUCCUCUGGCCCUGCGGAGGACAAGUGACCUGUGCUGAACUUUUAAUGCCACCGUAGUGUCUCUGUCCUCUCUAGGUGGCAACCACAAGCCUGUGGCAAGCUCUUAGUGCCAGCCUGGCAGCCAUCACUCCUGGUCACAGUGCCUCUGUUCCCUGGGGAGGCUCUGGCCAGCCUCGCUUCCAGAGCAAAUUGUGUCUGAGCAUCAAACCAUCUGUAGCUCUGAUCCCACAGGCAGCUGCCCUCCCUGGAAGACAAAGUGCAUCUCAUCCUGGUGCAGGUCCUGUUCAGCAGCAGCCAGGAGCUGGGGGGUUGCAGACAGUUGGUUUUUGUGCUGUGGGGGGAAGGACGUUAAGCAGCAAGUCACUUUUUUCCCCAGGGAAGUAAUUGGAACAGUUCUGUAAGGGCACUAAGUGUCUGUAUGGCUGUCCCCGUUGCCCAGAUAGCUGGGGAUCAGCCCCGUAUGCUGCUGAGGUGUUGGAACAAUGCAGGCGUGUAGUAAGGAAGUGAACUAGAAGUAAUGUGUCUGAGUCAGACUUUUCGGAUACAUAAGUUACUCUUUGCCCUCCCCCAGUGCAUUGUGUGGGAAGCUGAGCCCCCUGUUUGUGUUCCUUUUUUAUUAGCAUUAAAACUAAGAGAAAUAAAGAGACAGUUGGGAAGCCACCUGUGAAUCGGGCAAAUGCUUAAGGAUCACAAAGAAAUGGCAUUUCCUCCCCCAGCCCUGAUAGGGUUUAAAUUUUAAGAUGAGCAUGGUUUUGUUUGUCUGCAUGGAUUGUGUUUUAUCCUGUUAUUUCUUCCCUGGCACCUGACUGGGAAUGCUGAGUACCUCCAAAGAGGAACAGUGUCUCAGUGCUUAGCUCAGUUUGGCAGCAAUCAGCAUUCCUGGAUAAAAUUGAAAUGUUCAUUUGAAAAUGAUGCUCCUUCAGAUUUUAAACCUCUUUUGGAGGCCGUUUGAAAGGGUAAUGAAUCCAACUGAUCAAAAGUUUUCAGCAAGCCUUGAAUAGCAGACUGACUCUACUGAGCUAUUAAUCAUUUAUUUUUUGAAGGAACAAAGCAGGCUGAGGGUUAUUUACUGUUGCAUGCUGCCCUGGCACACCCACUGUGCUUCCCUUCUCAGGAGGACAGCUUGUGUGCUGGUGCUGCCUGUCAGGGCUGCUGAAGAACCAUUUCCGGGCCAAUUACAUUAUUUAACAAAAGUGAAAAUCAAAUGGGUGCUUGACAUUUGGUUUAGCUGAGGUUUGCUGUACCGUAUUUGAUCCUUUCGGUUAAGGGGAGGAUGUUUCUUGAAAAGAAGAACUUGUGCUGGUCCAAUUAGUGUCCUAGAGAAGUGCAUUGUGGAGGCUGUGGCUGAUGGAAGGUGUGAACCUGGGUUUGCAGCAUCCUGGUCACCAUCCAUCCAUCCAUCUGGGCAGUCACCACCCCUGCUCCAACAGCUGCCUCAGGAGGAAGAGGAUGCAGAGGAACUUUGCUGUUGGUGUUGGGAGACUUCCUUGCCCUGGCAGAGUUGUCCAAGCUCUGCUUUAAACCAGGCUGGAGGUGGGGUUAGAAGUUCAAGCAUGAUCUCUGGCUGCUGAAUCCAACAGAAGCCUGGUGUCCACCAUUUGUGACAGCAGAGUGUCCCCUGUGCACCCAAAGCUCUACAGCCAGUUGGGAGCUGGUGUGGAGAGCUGGUGCUACUGGAGCCACCAGAACCCUGUGCAGGUCCCUGCACGCAGGAGGACCUGCCAUGGCUCCAACUCAUUUUCACUGCAUCAGCACAAAUACGACCUUUGGAUAAUACCCUUGUGCUGGUUCCUAUUUGUCAUGUUGUGUUUGUCUUCCUGGAUUGUGCCAACUCCAGCAGAAGGUGUUCAGUUUUCUGAUGCUGGUUUUGAAAUCCAGCAGAUAAGGGAGGAGAGAAAACAGGGCGUCAUGCAGUGCAAAUGUCUGUCUGCCACUGUUAAUAUUUUAGGGGUGCUAAUCUUGACUUUUCAACCUAUGUGUUCCUACCCGAUUGUUGGAGGACUUAACAUUUUUUCUUAGAAGAAUUUCUGUCUGUCUCAUUUUCUUAUGAAACUGGUGGUGAGAGGGGGAAAAAGAAAAGCUCUAUAAAAGCCUUGCUUUUGAUACAAAUGUUGUGUUCAUAAUUGCUGUCUAAUCCAAGCCCUUGAUUUUCUGGUAGCAUAGAAUGAGAACAUAAACUCAGGUAACUUGUAAAAAUGCUGAUCAGAAUGCUUGUAGGAAUAUCUUGGGCUUGAGCUUAAAAGGUGUGCAAGAGGGGUCAGUGAAUUGGUGAAGUACAUCUGUACACUCUGAAUUGACUCCUUGUGCAGUCCAUGUAGGACAUCAAGAGUUCUGCCAAACUCAUUUGAAGAUUUCUGUAUAAUCACUCUUUGAAUAUUACUGUCCUUUCUGUAAUAAUAAUAAAAACCUAAUUUUUUGCUUUU